CUUUAAAUUUUUUUUAUACAAACAAUUUGAUGUGGUGUCUGAUCUGCUUACGAUUCUUUAGAAGAGUUUCCCUAUAGCGCACUGGUGAGGGCACGAUGGCUUUCACACAGGAAUAGAAAACAGGGAUGAACUAGUGGACCUAUCUCAGAUACUAGGGUGGCCAGCUGGUUCUGCAUUGAGAGCUUCAUAUGUAUGGAGGAAAUAGGUGAAUGCAUUAUGAACAAUAGGGAUCGGUACUUUGGUGGUUACGUGAAUGAUCGACCAAAAGUUACCUAUCAUGUAGAACAGUGUUUUUCAAACAGUAUGUUUCCAGCUGUUGCAAAACUACAACUCCCAGCAAGCCCGGACAGCCGAAGGUUGAUGUAGAACUAAGGGUGGCGCUGUACAUUCUAAAAGUCUGCCUUAGGGACUUAGACCCCAUUUCUCUCUGCUGCCCCCUAGCUUCCCUCACAGGAAAUAGAAAGUACAUAACAUAUUUCUUAGUUAUUAUGAAGCUGCACAAUUCCGUAUACAGUUUUCUCAUGCAUGCCUGUACAGCAUGUAGAGGCAAGCCAUUGGAUAGUACAUAAAACUGCGAACGCCUCUGUGCAUGCUCUCAUGGUCACCCAGAAAGGGAGUUAAGUGGGUGCCGGGCAAUCUUGAAAAAUUACUGUUUUCAUUAGCUGAAAGCCAUACACAUAAGACUGCCUUCAGCCAAAUGCUGUCUCUCCCAACCCCCAUGCACAUGAGUUCUCUGCUCAGCUGAGCGUUCAUGUAUUCGGAAUGGGAAAAGUAGGGGUAGGUCACUACCGACAUUGGAACAGUGGGGGUUGGCAAAGCUUAAAGCAGUGCCAACGGCUAUCUGGGAGUUGUAGUUUUGCAACAGCUGGAGGCACACCGGUUCUGAAACACUGGCUUAGAGCAAGGCAAGUAUUGUACCUCUUACCUCCUUCAUGGUGAAUGUAAAAUGAGUAGCAGCAGAUAGAGCGAUACAGAGUACUCUUAUAAAUAUAAAUAAAGAAAUAUAAAUAAUGUGAGGGGUGGACUUACUUAUGGGAGAUACUGUAUACAUAAUGUGAGGGGUGGACUCACUUAUGGGACUGUGAUGUCCCAGUAUGGGAUAUGCAUCUCACAGUCCUAUCAGCUUGAGUCCCUGCAUGUCCCCUGGGCUCACCUGCACUGUACCCCCAUAAUCUGUAUAAUUGUAUAUUAUGUGUAAAGGACCUUUGAUAUGGUCACAUGGUUAUUGAUCACAUGAUAAUGGUUGUCACAUGUUAAAGUCACAUGUUUUGUUACCCAGAGAGCACCAGGUGACCAGAUGACCCGCAGCUAACCUAUGGGCUCCUUGCACAACCCCCCUUUAUAAGGAAGGGAGGAGCUGCAAUGUGUCUCUUUGCUCUUCCACCACACUUCUACUGGGGUCAAGUCCAGUCCAGACGUCUCAGGGUCAAUGUCCAGCACAUCUGGAGGCCUCAAGCCUAAAUUACAGCCACAUGUCAGAACAUCAACCCUACCUCAUUGUCCCAGAACAUGAGCUCCCAGAAGCCUCGUAUCAUCCCUUGGCUCAUCCGUCAGAUUGACAACCAAAUCUACCCAGGUCUGGAAUGGGUGAACAGCGAACAUACACAGUUCCGGGUGCCCUGGAAACAUGCACUGAGGCAGGACAGCUCUCUCGAGGAUUUCAGAAUUUUUGAGGCCUGGGCCAUUGCUAGUGGUUGCUAUGAUCCCCUGACGGAAAAGCCCGAUCCACCACGAUGGAAGAGGAAUUUUCGCUCUGCUUUGAUUCGGAAGGAAGGAAUACGCAUGAUUCUAGACCACGGCUCCGAUUCUGUUAAUCCUCAUAAAAUAUAUGAGAUCACCAUUCCAGCAAAUGGAACUGCUCAAGAAGAACAAUAUAACAGCACUACUGCAAUUCCUACCUCCUCCAACAACCAAGACCUUCAUAGUACAUCAAAAGAUCUGUUUGAAGAACUGGAGCAUCUGGAUCUUUACCAAGGGAGUGAGGAUUUAUUUGCUGAACAAGCACUUUACAAUAAAGCUACAUUACCAGAAGGGCAUUUGGGUGGAGCCGCUUCCGCAGCUGCCUCUGCUUUCCAAGAAGGAGCUUAUGCCAUCUACAGUGAUGUUCCGUCAUAUACAGCUGGUGCAGUGCAUUCUGGACAAGUUCUGUCCCAACCGGUUAAGGACCAAGAGAGUUUCCAGCAAAAGAUACUUCAACAUUUUAGCUACAAUUCAUUCCAAACAGAUUUUGAAGUAAACAUUUACUACCGAGGAAAACUGGUUCAGACCACAAUGGUGACAAACCCCCAUGGAUUCCUUAUCACUGCUGAACGACAGGCGGGUCCGGAUGACUACUUGGCCCGUGUAUAUCUGCCGGAACCUGCAUCGGUGAUGGCUGAUCAGUUAUUGGUCGAAACAGUGAACCAUCUCCUGACAAAGCUGAAUAAGGGGACUCUGGUGGAAGUUCGAGAAGGAAUGAUCUGUGCCAAGAGAUUUGGCGCUUGUAGGAGCUUUUGGAGUUUAACAGAUAAACCAAACAUAAAAAUACCAAACCAGAUCGACAAAACGGAGCACACCAUCCUGUGCAGCAUCCAGCAGUUUAUUACAGAAUUAAUCGACUUUGUGGAACAACGGAGGAAAGACUCUCCACAGUAUUCAAUCUGGAUUUGUCUUGGAGAACAAUGGCCAGAUGACAAACCAUGGCAGAAGAAAUGUGUCAUGGUGCAGGUGACCCCUGUUACAAUGCGUCUCCUUCAUGAGUUAAGCUACAGCACUGGAGCGUCUUCUCUGACCAAUAGUGACAUAAGGUUGGAAAUCUCAGACUCCUUAUCCAGCACAAAUAGUCUGCUGUCCCUUCUGAAGAGCAUCGAGGACAUGAUGGACUGGGAGUAAAGAAUUAAAAGGGUAUUCCAGGAAAAAACUUU